CACUCUUUCUCUCUUUCUCCUUUCUCUCCCACACUAUUCUCGUUGCUCUUUUACUGUAAACCCGUAUGGAAAAUGUUAAGAAAACAACACGCAUGAAAGAAGACACUCAUUUAUACACACAUGUACGUACGUCAGUCGUUUACACAUGUAUAAGAGUUAGUGAAGAGCGGGGUAGAGAGGAAGAACGAAUCGUGUAUUCUCACACGUGUGUGAAAAGCUUUGCAUUGCUCCGGCAACUCGCACACUGUGCGUUGACCUACUGUUUCGCUGUUCGAACACGUAUAUAUAUAUAUAUAUAUAUAUAUACAGAUAUAUAUAUAUAUCUGUCUCUGUUCUGUGUAAACUACUGGCAAUUUUUCAAUAACCAAAUACCGGAAUAUCGAUAGAAAUCAGUGGAAUCGUUCGUCGAAUGACAUUGUAUGAGAAUAAUCGUAAAAAAUUAAAGGAAAACCGGUAGGAGGUAUAAACGAAGAGUAUAUAUUUUAUUCGGUAAAGAAGUUUCUUUGUUAGCACUGAUCAUCGCACUUGAGGGGGAUACAUCGAAACGGUGGAAAUUCCUUUUUUUUUUUCCCCAAAGGAAAAGUUAACCGUUUUAAACGGAAAGGUAUUUGUAUAAGAUGCACGCCACUUGUAAGUGCUUGAAUAUUUCUAUAAGAUCUAAGGGAAAUGAAUUAAAAAAACUUCCAAUCGACGAAAUUGAACUGACCGAUCACGAAAGAGCCGACGCUUUCUUUCGAGAGGAACUUGCAACAAUUAAAGAUUUAGAAGUUAUUACUAAAGAACAGCAAGGCUUAGUGGAAAUAAGAAAUGUUGGAACUUGGAUUAUUCAUCGUUGUCUCAACUGUUCAAUAUAUACUCAUGCCGUACACAGGGAAUAUGGUGCUGCCUUAGUUCUCAUUAAUAUUAAUAUGAUUACCUCACCAGAAGAAAUAAAACGAAUGAAAUCUAAUAUUGAUUAUAGUAAUGUCUUUAGAAUAGUAAUUGAUCGAAGUACUUUUGAUGAUCUUGAUUAUUUGCAACCACCUAAUAAAUUUUCUGUAUCACAAUUAUUAAGUGCUACACAAGUGGCAUUGGGCUGUCUUCAUCAACAACUUGAGGAAGCUGUACAAAGGCAGACUGCAGAUAUUGAAGAAAAAAUACGUAAUUUUACUGCAGAACAGUAUCAAUUGUUAGAACAGUUUCGUGAGAAAGCACAUAAUGAAUAUCGUCUAUUGACAAGCUUAUUACUCAAUGGUGAAGAAUUAAAAAGAUUGACUAAUAACACAAAAAAUCCACAGCAGACAUCUGAUGAUAUUAAAGAAGAUAUAACAGCUUCAAGAACUAAUGAAAAAAAUAUAAAAUCACAUAGAACAACGAAUGAUGCAGCAUACGUUAUUCAAACUAAUAUUAAAUGUGAACCAACUUUAAUGUCUUCUAGUGUACACAUUAAUAAUAGCAUAGAAAAGAGAGAUGUCUAUGUAAAAGAACCGAACAGUUUUGAUACGGAAGCUUUGUUUCCACUUGAAGGAAUGGAAGAUACAUUAACUCCUGAUCAUCUUCGAUCAUCCGAAGAAGAAUCAGAUACUGAUGAUUCGGGCCAAGAUGAAGGUAUCCAUAUGCAUAGAGGUCAAAGAGGUGGACAUCCUACAUUAGCCAAAUCCUUGCCCGUUAGCGUACCAACUUUCCCUGCGUUUAUUCGAAAAGCAAUUCCAGAUCAAGAUGAUGAUCAGCUAUCAAGAGAUCCACUUGAUCCACAUAAUAUUCGAGCUUCUAUUAAAGCAUUAGCUAAGAGCGUUCAUGGUGAUACAGUCUUUGGAGAUUUACCACGUCCACGAUUUUCUACUCAGAUCUGAUUUGCAAAGAAUUAAAGAAUAGAAAACAAAAAGAAAGAAAAAAAAAAUAUAAAAAACAAAAAGAAAAAAAAAAAAGAAAAAAGGAGUGGUAUUAUAUCAUCA